UUAGUGAGGCGGCGUCCUUCUGAUGUCGAGGGCGCGUCACGAAUCUCGAGCGACUUUCAUCUGUCGACAGGCUUCGACGCAGCGGCGACUGAACGCGACUCCAGUGCCAACCACGCCGCACCAACGCAAGCACGCGCACCAAACAAUAAAUAUUCAACUUAACAACCCCUUAAGUUUGAAGUUAUGUACUUAACUUAAACUGGACUUAGUGCCCGUCUUUGUGCCUAAUGCUAUCAGUGAUAUAGUGUCGGACUUAUAAUUGGACAGUGAGGAGUGAACGAUGAUGAUAUCGAGGAUAUUAAUAGCAGCGUUAUGCUGCGCGUACGCGGCUGCGCUGUCGCCUAUUGCCCCCGCGCACGUUGUGGGCGACAGCAGCGAAUGUGCACUGUACCUAAACGGACCUGCGCGGUCCACAGCCUACGACUACAGCAUCAACCUACUCAAGGGCAACUUCGGAUAUGAAGGACAGUCCAAUUGCAUCACAUACGAAGCCAUCAAUCAAGCUUAUCUUGAAGCCAGAAACAGAAUCUUGGUCACACUACCAAAAGGAGAUUGGAAGGCUGAACAUUUCGCGAGCGUUGGCGAGCUCAUUCUAGACAUAUCCAUCAACCUGGCCCGAAGGUACGGUCUUACAUACGAGGAGAUUGAGAAGGGUCUGCCGCUCAUUGACACCUCCCGCACCCUCAUCCGCGAAGUAUGUCCACCAGUGUUCUCUCACGUGGAGUGCCGCGCUGGCAAGUACAGGAGGUUCGACGGUCUCUGCAACAACCUGCAGAACCCUACCUGGGGCGCUACCAUGGCUCCCUUCCAGAGAUUAAUAGGGCCACUUUUCGCCGACGGCAUCAACUCGCCUCGUAUCGCUCAUCAUGGCAAGGACUUGCCGCUUUCUCGUGUGGUCUCCCGCACUAUGCACCCUGACGAAGGCUUCCACGACCACGCUGGUACCGUCAUGGUCAUCGCCUGGGGACAGUUCAUGGACCACGAUUACACGCUGACUGCUACCCCUCUUGACCCUGUGAACCGUAACGACCCCGAGGAGUGCUGCAAGCGCCCCCCUCACCUGAAGCAUCCCUACUGUAAUGAGAUCCGCAUCCCUGAUGAUGAUUACUUCUACCGCCUGUUUGGAGUCAAGUGCAUCGACUUCGUGAGAGGUUUCCCGUCGCCAAGACCUGGCUGCCGUCUGGGUUCAAGAGUUCCAUUCAACACUUUGACCGGAACUAUAGAUGGAAACACAGUUUAUGGAGUGACUGAGAAAUUCGCCAGAAAGCUGCGUACUGGUUUUGGAGGACUUCUGCGCAUGAACCCAGUGUUCAAAGAGUACGGACUUAAGGACUUGCUGCCACUCAAGCUUGACAUCCCUGAUGAAGGAUGCACCAGACCCAACAAGAAUAUGUACUGCUUUGAAGCUGGUGAAAUCCGUGUAAAUGAACAGUUAGUGUUGACGGUUAUGCACACUCUUAUGGCCCGUGAACAUAACAGAAUAGCCAACGGCCUUGCCGAGGUCAACCCCCACUGGGACGAUGAGACUCUCUUCCAAGAAGCCAGACGUAUCAACAUUGCUGAAAUACAACACAUCACAUACAAUGAAUUCUUACCCAUCCUCCUCGGAAAAGACGUUAUGGAGAAGUUCGGCUUAGUCGUUGAAAAAGAGGGUUACUGGGACGGAUACGAUCCAGAAGUGAACCCUGACGUCAUCGCGUCGUUCGCCUCGGCUGCUUACAGAUUCGGACACUCUUUGCUACCAACUGCGGUUGAAAGAUGGUCCAAGGCACACAAGUUCAUUGCAUCAAAGAGAUUGUCCGACCUCAUUCGUAGACCAUACGAUCUGUACAGAGCUGGUGUCCUCGAUGAGUACGUCAUGGGUCUCAUGAACCAGGUAGCCCAAGCUAUGGACGACUCCAUCACACAAGAAGUCACAAACCAUCUCUUCAAGAAGGUUGGCGCUCGAUUCGGAAUGGACUUGGUGUCAUUCAAUAUGCAGAGAGGUCGUGAGUUCGGUAUUCCUGGAUACAUGGAGUUCAGAAAGUUCUGUGGUCUCCCUCCUGCUGAAACCUUCCAGGACCUGUUCGGUUCUAUGCCUAACGCCACUGUUCAGAAGUACGAGACAAUCUUCGACCAUCCUAUUGAUGUGGAUCUCUGGUCCGGUGGUGUGUCUGAGCGUCCUCUGCCUGGUUCCAUGUUGGGGCCCACUUUUGCUUGCAUCAUUGCUACUCAGUUCUCUUACUCAAGACGUGGUGACAGAUUCUGGUACGAACUUCCCAACCAGCCAUCAUCGUUCACACAAGAACAACUGAAGGAGAUCAGGAAAGCGCGAAUGGCGCGUAUCAUUUGUGACAACACAGAUAUCAUUGACACUGUCCAACUCUACCCUAUGGUCUUGCCUGACCAUGAAUUGAACCCUCGUGUACCCUGCCGAAGUGGUAUCAUUCCAAUGAUGGACUUCAGCAAAUGGGCUGAGCCCGCGCCGUCGCCGUUCCAUGGUUCCGCGAAACAAUUCGUGAGUAGCUUCUCAUACGACCCAUAUUUGGGCAAGAAGUAGUCGCAAGCACUUUAGAAGUAGAAUAUUCACAUAGUGUAAUGUUAUAGUCAACUGUGUAGCUUUACGUUGUUCAAGCCAAGUAACCUUUGCUAAAAAAAUUAUCUACCCUUAUAUCCCUAUCGGAUCUAGACGAAAGUAAAAAAGCCGUUUUUGUUCAAACAAAUAUCUUAAACGUAACAAUUAUUUAUUUGGCUCCAUGUUUCAAAGAUUACUUAGCUUGAACUGUAACGGACCAUUUUUGUAUUGUUCUCACGUUUUGGUCUUUGCUGGACCUAUGUCAUGUAGAGGUCCUUGUUAUACUGUAUCUUAGAAAGUUAUAGUGUAUUAUACCAACACGUAGAAUAUGCACGGAACACAACGAUAGCUUCGGUUAGACAACUGCCAAUGUAAAAAUGUCUGAUAAAAUAAAAGUUGUCUAACUCAAUCUAUCGGGAUGUACUUUCAAGUCAACGUAAAUGUAACCUUAUUACAUUUGGCGAGUGACCAUUAUUUAAUAAUAAAUGUUUUGCUACCGCCAAAUGUGCCAAUAUCACAUCAAAGUGCAAUGAAUCGAUCAAGCAUGUUAGUGUUUAGUAAGAAAGCUAUUUAUAAAUAGAAUAAGAUCUUUGUACAAAAACGAAUUAUGGCUUAGUCGAAGCUAAUAUGCUUUUUAUUGCCAUAUAAUUAAGUUUAAAAUACCUAUCACGUUUUGUGUUGUAGUUAUUAUGCACCUGUAGUAUUAGAAGUUUGUUUCAUAUUCAUACAAAAGUCAUACAUCACCCUUCCAGUACCUACCUACUCAUCGAAAUUACACCGUAGUUAGUAAGUGAUACAGCCUAAAAGUAUGAAAGUAGAUACUUUAUGCAUGCUUCGUAGUAUUUGAAAUGUUUGUUUGUUAUAGUUUCAGUCUUUUAUAAGCAUUUUCAUUGUUGUGCCAAAUGAUCUGAUCACUUUGUCUUUAAAAAUAAAUCAGUUCUCUAUAAAAAUUGCCCUCUAAUGAGUAAACUAUAUCAAGUAACUUAUUUGCUUAUAUCUAAAGCUGCUUAGCGCCUCUGCGUCUAAAGAUGCAAACAAUCUUGGUUUCAAUAUACAGACUAUUAAGGUUGAUUUUAUAUCAUUAAUUCAUUACCUUUCGGUGAUCAGAUAAAUGGCAAAUGAUUCUAUUCAAUAAAUCUUCAUCCAAGGUCAUUUAUAUUUUAAAAUCAUAAAGAAUAUAUCAAUAGCCUGUGUCUAUAUUGCACCUACUGUAAAUGUAUGUACCUAAACAGUUUUGUUAUUUUUUUAUUUAUUUUUAGUUGAAGUUAUUGUAUAAUUUGUAAUGAUGCAUGGUUAAGUAGAAGUACGUAGAUUUGUGUAAAUACAAGUAUGUUGUAAUAAAUGUUAGCAUAUUAUAA